UCAGGUUUACACUACAAUCUGCCACGAAGAGAUAUAUCGAUAAUUGUAUCUAUAGGGAGUUUUCUUAUCGCAAUGUCUAGCUCAAUUUGUUUUGCCAGUUUGGCUAUUUCCCUAGUAGGGUUCAUGGCAAUUGUGGCACCCACAGUCGAGGGUGCCCGUGCUUUCUUCGUAUUUGGUGACUCGCUUGUGGAUAAUGGCAAUAACAACUACUUGGCAACCACUGCACGGGCAGACUCUCCUCCUUAUGGCAUUGAUUAUCCGACUCACCGUCCCACCGGCAGGUUUUCAAAUGGUUUGAACAUUCCUGAUCUCAUCAGUCAAAAGCUUGGCGCUGAAUCUGCAUUGCCAUACUUGAACCCGCAGUUAACAGGAGAAAAACUACUGGUUGGAGCAAACUUUGCCUCUGCUGGAAUUGGCAUUCUUAAUGACACUGGAAUUCAGUUCGCAAACAUAAUAAGAAUCUAUCAGCAACUGGAAUUCUUCCGACAGUACCAGCAACGAGUUGCCGCACUCAUCGGAGGAAAAAACGCACAGCAACUCGUAAACAAGGCCCUCGUUCUGAUAACACUGGGAGGGAAUGAUUUCGUGAACAACUAUUUCUUUACUCCAAUUACUGCUAGAAGGAUUCAGUAUAAUCUUCAAGAUUUCUCCCGUUAUCUAAUUUCUGAAUACAGGAAAAUUUUGAUGAGGCUACAUGAAUUGGGAACCAGAAGGGUUCUUGUCACCGGAACUGGACCUUUAGGUUGCGUUCCUUCUCAGCUGGCGUCGAGGAGCAGAAAUGGCGAAUGCGCCGAGGAGCCUCAACGUGCAGCAGCAAUAUUCAACCCCCUUCUUAUCCAAAUGACUCGAAGCCUAAAUCAAGAGCUUGGAUCAGACAUAUUUAUUGCUGUUAACGCAGCACAAAUGCAGAAUAACUUCAUCAGCAAUCCUCAAGCCUUCGGUUUUGUCACAGCAAAGAUAGCGUGUUGUGGACAAGGACCCUAUAACGGCGUAGGAGUUUGCAACCCUACGUCAAAUUUAUGCCCAAAUAGAGAGAUAUACGCAUUUUGGGAUGCAUUCCAUCCGACAGAAAGGGCAAACAAGAUCAUUGUUUCAACAAUCAACACUGGUUCGGACGAGUACAUGACCCCAAUGAACUUAAGCACCAUCAUGAAACUGGAUUCCAUGACAUAAUAAAAUUCCUAGAGAAUGAAUUUGAAAAUAAAUUAAAAUAUAUAAAUAUAUGUAUUGAUCAAGUUCUAAAGUUCAGUUUCUUCAGGUUGUCUAGUUAAUGUUCAUGCUCUCAGAGUGCUUUUCUCUGUCAUGUAAUAGAGAAAGACCCUAUUAUGCCAGCAUACUUUGCUUAUUAAUAAUUACUGGGGAAAAAAUAUUGUGGGACAUCCAUCUUUUAUCAAAAUCAGAUUUGGA